AUGUCGACGCUGAGAGUACCUGAAUCUGUUCCCUCCGUAACCGAAGACUGUGAGCAGCUGAAUAAGGCUUUUUCAGGAUGGGGAACCAAUGAAGGUCCGAUCAUAUCCAUAUUGGCUCACAUAAAUCCUAAUCAAUGCAAACUGAUUUGCCAAACAUAUGCUGAAACUUAUGGAGAAGAUCUCCUCAAAGCACUAGAUAAGGAACUCACUAAUGACUUUGAGAGGCUGGUUCUGCUUUGGACUCUUCGACCUGCUGAACGUGAUGCCUUUUUGGCUAAUGAGGCAAGAAAAAGGUGGACUUAAAGUAAUCAGGUUCUGAUGGAAAUGGCCUGCUCAAGGUCUUCAAAUCAGCUACUCCAGGCAGGGCAGGCAUAUCAUGCUCGUUUUAAGAGGUCUCUUGAAGAAGAUGUUGCAUAUCAUACAAAAGAGAAUUUCCGAAAGCUUUUGGUACCUCUUGUGAGCUCAUAUCGCUAUGAAGGAGAUGAAGUGAACAUGACUCUGGCAUAAUCAGAGGCAAAGAAAAUCCACCAGAAGAUUUCAGAGAAGGCUUAUGAUUCUGACGACUUAGUUAGGAUUUUAGCUACAAGGAGCAAAGUGCAGAUCAUUGCAACCUUAAACCGCUACAAGAAAGAAUUUGGUAAUGAUGUCAACAAGGACCUUAAGACUGAUCCCAAUGAAGAGUUCCUUGCCUUGUUGAUGGCAACAGUAAAGUGCCUGACUCGUCCUGAGAAGUACUUUGAGAAGGUUCUUCGUCUGGCAAUUAACAGGCAAGGAACUGAUGAAGGAGCUCUUACGAGAGUUGUGGCCACAAGAGCUGAGGUCGACAUGAAACUUAUAACCGAGGAGUACCAGCAAAGAAGCAGUGUUCCUCUUGAUCGUGCUAUCACCAAAGACACCCAUGGAGACUAUGAAAAGAUGCUUCUUGAACUGAUAGUACAUGAUGAUGCCUGAGUUGUUGGACUUACCUCAUUUCUAUAAAUAAUGUCCAAGCUACCUUGUCCGAUGGUUUUCAUCUUGCAAAAAAAUUUAGCCUCUAUGGUAGCCUUUUGUUUUGAGAUUCUAUGCUUUGUAUGUCUCGGGGAACUUGGCUCUGAGUUAUUAGUGACAAAUAAGCACCUUUCGGUUUUUUAGAUUUACCCAAUUUGCGUUUCCUGCUGCCAUUUUAGUAUCAUACCUCAUCUAUAGGUUGCACUUCGCAACUUUUAGUACUAUUUUUUUGUCUGUUUGUAAAUCCACAAUUUUAAUAUUCUGU